GCCAUGUCCACGGCGGCGGUGGCCCGCUCCCGCGGACGACGCCUGCUGUGCCUGUUGACGCUCUGCUCCCUGCUGCGGACAGGCUGCGCCGGUAACCCGGACGCCAAGCGGCUCUACGACGACCUGCUCUCCAACUACAACAAGCUGGUGCGGCCCGUCGUCAACGUCACCGAUCCGCUGACGGUCAAGAUCAAGCUCAAGCUCUCCCAGCUGAUUGACGUGAAUUUGAAAAACCAGAUUAUGACAACGAACCUCUGGGUUGAACAGCACUGGGAGGACUACAAACUGAAGUGGGAGCCAGAGGAGUACGGCGGCGUGACCAUGCUGCACGUGCCGUCCGAUCACAUCUGGAGGCCCGACAUCGUGCUCUACAACAACGCCGACGGCAACUUCGAGGUGACGCUGGCGACAAAGGCCACCCUUUACUUUGACGGGCGGGUCGAAUGGAAGCCGCCGGCUAUCUACAAGUCCUCCUGCGAGAUCGACGUCGAGUACUUCCCGUUCGACGAGCAGACGUGCGUCAUGAAGUUCGGCAGCUGGACGUACGACGGAAAGCAGGUGGACCUCCGGCACGUGGAGGAAGAUCCCCCGGACCCGAAGGUCAAGCUGGGCGUCGACCUGUCGGACUUCUACCUCUCGGUCGAGUGGGACAUUCUGGAUGUACCGGCGAUAAGACACGAGAAGUUUUACACGUGCUGUAAUGAGCCAUACCUGGACAUUACGUUCAACAUCACCAUGCGGAGGAAGACGCUGUUCUACACCGUCAACCUCAUCAUUCCCUGCAUGGGCAUCUCGUUUCUGACCGUGCUGGUGUUCUACCUGCCCUCGGACAGCGGGGAGAAGGUCAGCUUGUCCAUCAGUAUUCUGCUAUCGCUCACUGUGUUCUUCCUGCUGUUGGCUGAAAUCAUCCCACCGACAUCAUUAGUGGUGCCUCUGCUCGGCAAAUUCGUCCUCUUCACCAUGAUAUUGGACACGUUAAGCAUAUGCGUGACGGUCGUGGUGCUCAACAUUCACUUCCGGUCGCCGCAAACGCACUCGAUGGCGCCGUGGGUGCGGCGCGUCUUCAUCCACAUCCUGCCGCGGCUGCUCGUGAUGCGGCGGCCGCAGUACAACACGUACGACAAGCACAGCCGGGUGCUGAUCCGGACCUGUAACGGGCUGGAGGUGCGCGACACGGCCGCUUCGUUCUCUGACCGGCUGUACUCGGACGGCGCCGGCCGGCAGUCGACCUUCGGCCGUGACCCGCUCAAGGAGAACAGCCUCUGCUACCCGCACUGCUCCACUUUCAGUGACGUCACACCCAGGACGGAGAUGGACGCACUGGGGCUCAACACGCCGUGUCGUAUCCAUGGCAACCCCAGCUCCAUGGAGGAAGAGUUCAACUGCCAGAAAGGUCGAUCCUGCGGCCUCGGCUACUGCCCGGAGGUGUAUAGGGCGUUCGAAGGCGUCAAGUUCAUAGCCGAAAGCACCAGAAGGGAACAGGACACCACCAGGGUGCGGGAGGACUGGAAGUACGUGGCGAUGGUGCUGGACCGACUGUUCCUGUGGAUCUUCACGCUGGCCGUGCUGGUCGGCACGGCCGGCAUCAUUCUGCAGGCGCCCACGCUCUACGACGACCGCCGGCCCAUCGACGAACAGUACAGCGAGAUCAUGAGCCCGCGCGAGCGACAGCGGCUGGGCUAGCGGUCCGGGCGGCCGGGGUGGGAGGCGGGAGGCACC